UAUUGUGGUGGUAGUCUUUACUAACUCAUAUAUUUUAUUCAUUUAAAAAAUGCAGAAAAUAUGGUUAUUCUCUAUUAUUACUAUUUUCCUAAUAACAGAAUUGCAAUGCUAUCCUAAUUCUGCUGAAGAACGCUUAUUGUCGUAUAUUUUCGAUGGAUACAACUCACUUAUUAGACCUGUAUUAAAUGCAUCAUCUCCUCCAAUAGAGGUAUUCUUUAGUUUGGCAUUUGUACUACUCAUUAAUGUAGACGAGAAAAAUCAAAUUAUGCAAACAAACGUUUGGCCUACAAUGAAAUGGAAUGAUUAUCAAAUGCAAUGGGACCCUCGCGAAUUCGAUGGGAUUAAAACGAUCCGGGUUCCACCUGAUAAAGUUUGGCUGCCCGAUAUUGUACUUUUCAACAACGCUGAUGGAAAUUAUCUUGUAUCAUUCUAUUCAAAUGUAGUCGUUGAGCAUACUGGUGAUAUGCUAUGGGUUCCACCCGCCGUUUAUAAAAGCAGCUGUUUGAUUGAUGUCGAGUUUUUUCCUUUCGAUGAGCAAGUGUGCUCGCUCACUUUUGGAUCUUGGACUUUUCGAAAGGACGAGUUGCAGUUAUCUUAUCUCUCUGGCAAACGUCAUGUGGAACUGAAUGACUACUUGCCUUCAGGAGUUUGGGACCUAAUAGAUGCACCGGGUUUGUUGAUUGACGAAAGGUCCAAAAUAUCAUAUCAAAUCAAAAUCAGAAGGAAAGCUCUUUUCUACACUGUUAUCCUCAUCAUGCCAACUGUGUUGAUGGCAUUUUUGUCAAUGAUGGUCUUCUAUUUACCAGCAGAAUCCAGUGAGAAAAUAACACUAGCAAUUAGUAUUCUGCUUGCUUUAGUAGUUUUUCUGCUAGUGGUUUCAAAGAUUCUACCGCCAACAAGCUCCACAAUUCCAUUAAUGGCAAAAUAUCUCCUUAUGACAUUCAUAAUGAAUAUGAUCACUAUUAUGGUUAGCGUUAUUAUCAUAAACGUAUAUUUCCGAGGUCCAGCAACUCAUAUCAUGCCGAAUUGGGUUAAAACUGUUUUUCUGAAGUUCCUUCCUGUUCUUUUUGUGAUGCGUCGGCCUGAAAGUACGGAGAAAGAGUUGGCCAAAAUGAAACGAGAGAAACGUGAGAGAAGAAGUAUGAAAUCUGCACUGAAGACGUUCUUUAAAAGAAACGAUGCUAAGAUCAGCGAGCAACCAAAACAAACAUCAAGGAAAGAUGGGUCCAGUUCCGAGGAAAAACUGUCAUCGGAUGCGAAGAAAGCUAUUGAAGCGAUCGAGUAUAUCACAACGCAUCUCACACACGACAACGCCUUCAAACGGCAACGUGAAGAAUGGAAGUUUGUUUCUGUGGUGAUUGAUCGAUUACUUCUCUAUCUUUUUUUCGCAGUAACCACUGGAGGAACUGUCGGAAUACUUUUAUCCGCGCCGAAUGUUUUUGAACAGGUCAAUCAAACAUCGGUGAUUGAGAGACUCAAACAACAAGCUGCAGAAGAAAUGUUGAAUUCAUGAAUAACAUUUAUAUUCCCCCAACAUCAUAAAGAAAUAUGUCUUCUCGUUCUGAUUUCUUCCCAAUUCUAUCUCGUAUGUUCAAUUGAUCACUUUUCCAAAUGUCUAUAUGCUGAAUGAAAAUGAAACAAAAAAAAAUGAAGAUUAUG